UAUCCAAACAAACAAACAAAACCCACGCAAAGACCAUCAUCACUCUCUCCCAAAAAACUUGAGAACUCUUCAAAAAAAAAAAAAAAAUAAUAAUAAUAACACAUAAAAAUGGUGAGUGGCCGAAAAACGACGUCGUCGUCGGAGACGGAGAAUGGCGCCACGGGUGGGCCCCUGGCUAUGGAAGUGGACGGUGAUCAUCGGAAAGUUGGUUUGGUCCUCCGGAAAGCUGACGUGGCGCAGGUGGCGCUGAGGCUGUUGUGCAUGGCCACAUCGGUGACGGCGCUGGUUUUCAUGGUGACAGCCAGGGAGGCUAGCACUGUCUCCAUCUAUGGCUUUCCUCUCGCUGUUUAUUCCAAGUGGUCCUUCUCUGAUUCCUUCGAGUAUCUGGUUGGAGUUUCGGCAGCUGUGGCAGCUCACUCGUUGCUGCAAUUCCUGAUAAGCACAUCGCGGCUGCUGAGAAGGUCUUCAAAUAUUGUUCCCUCCAGAAAUCAUGCGUGGCUCAUUUUCGCUGCUGAUCAGGUGUUUGCAUAUGCAAUGAUGAGUGCUGGGUCAGCAGCAUCAGGAGUGAGCAACCUGAACCGCACAGGAAUCAAACACACGGCGCUUCCAAACUUCUGCAAACCUCUUCACAUCUUCUGCGACCAUGUCGCCAUCUCCAUCGCCUUCGCUUUCUUCAGCUGCUUGUUGCUCGCCAUUUCUGCUGUUCAGGAUGUCAUCUGGCUCUCCAAGAACUAAAAACUAAUAAUCAAUUAAAAGAAGAGGGGAAAAAAAACACCCCUGUUUCUGUCUCGACGUACGUACUUGGUGAUAUUCAUGCUGUUGCGCAUCUUAUAUAGAAGAAUAUGAUCCCUAGAAAAACUGAUCCACGUCUCUUAUUAGUUUCAGCUGAUCAAAUCAUGUCUCUGAAUCAGUCGCUUUUGUAAAGAUCAGUAUCUCUAGUUCACACUACAUUGUUUUGUCAUGGGAAUGAAUGCCUCUUUGGCUGACGACCUCCCUUAGUUUAGAAGAAUGUCUUAUGUCAAUUACUUUCAUUUUCUUGUUUCCUUCUUCGUGUUUUGUUAAUUAUUUAAAUUCCAAUAAGAUUGGUAUAUCAUAAAUUGA